AGAAACGGGGGUGUUAAAAAAAAAGAAAAAAAAAAGGAAGAAAGGGUAGAAAAGGAAACCAGAAAAACUCUAGCAAACGUUUCUUCGUCCUCCGUCGUCUCUCGAUCCCUCCUCCCUUCACGUCCCUACCCCCCUAAUUUCUGUACGCAUCACCAUCGCUUUGAGCUUAACUUCAGAUUUGAGGAGUUUCUCAAUCUGAUUCAGUGAUCAGAUACAAUGUCAGCUUUGUUCAAUUUCCAUUCAUUUCUGACGGUGGUGCUGCUUGUGAUCUGCACUUGCACUUAUCUCAAGAUGCAGUUCCCUGCCAUUUUGGAGCAGAAGACUGGGUUUCGAGGAUUCUUUUGGAAGGCUGCUAGAAUAGGUGAGCGUUUGAGCCCUUGGAUGUCCGUGGGGUGCUUCAUGAUGGGUGUCUCCAUCAUUUUCUUUUGAGUCUCAACUUCUCUCAGUGUAGUUUUUACCUUCUUUGAGAUACUCAGUUUCCUGUAUGCAAGGGUUUCGAUGAAAAAGAGUAAUAUAUUCUCUUUUGGAUGAUGGGUUUGGUCUUUGUAUUUGGAACGAUCUUUGUGUUAUUUUUAUGUGAAGACUUAAGUCUAUAAGCCGAACUGUUCAACAUAAUGACAUUGGAGCCAUCAAAACAAGUUUUUCAGUUAGUCA